CCUGAAGCCCGCCAACCUGCUGUACGACAUCGCGCCUGAUGGCAGCAAGGUCUUCCGCGUGUGCGACUUCAACCUGGCAGUCAAGACCCUAUGCGCGCACGAUGAAGGGCGCCAUGGCACGCAGCAUGCCCUUUAGGUCGGCCUCAUCCAUAAGCGUGUUGCCGGGGUACGGCAGCAUCUCAAACUUGUCCUUGUUCUUGCCGAACGCGCUUGCCAAGGAGCAUUUUGAUCGCAUUGACAACGCGCCCGAGCGCCGGCGCACCGGCAAGAACAAGGACAAGUAUGAGAUGCUGCCGUACCCCGGCAACACGCUUAUGGAUGAGGCCGACCUGAAGGGCAUGCUGCGUGCCAUGGCGCUCUUCAUCAAAGCACCUGAACGCUCGCGGCUACAUGCACUUUGACCUGAAGCCCGCCAACCUGCUGUACGACAUCGCGCCUGAUGGCAGCAAGGUCUUCCGCGUGUGCGACUUCAACCUGGCAGUUAAGACCCUAUGCGCGCACGAUGAAGGGCGCCAUGGCACGCAGCAUGCCCUUCAGGUCAGCCUCAUCCAUGAGCGUGUUGCCGGGGUACGGCAGCAUCUCAUACUUGUCCUUGUUCUUGCCGGUGCGCCGGCGCUCGGGCGCGUUGUCAAUGCGAUCAAAAUGGUCCUUGGCCACCGCGUUCUGUAUGAAGAAAGCAGAUGGGGACCAGUCUGUCAGGAGCUGAAAGAUUGAGAGGCACGGAUGGGCAGGUUAGGGGAGAGGAGCCGCAGUCAAGCAACCACAAUCCCCGUACAGAG